AGCCCUGCGAAUACAUUUCACGUAUCAACAUUUAGGAAUUUUGUUAUUUUCUCUUAUUUAUCAUUUCAAAUUUUAAUCGUUUGUGUGUUGUUCCGUUAAGUUUUAUAAUUAUUCAAAGACUUAUAGUGUUAAGAACUUUAUGAAAAAGCCUCUUGUUGUCUAGGCAACAAAAAAACAACAGUAGGAACCUCCAGUCCCUCCCAAUUCAAAAUAACAUUGCAUCAGACAUGUUUUCGAAGAAGAAAAAAAAGCCUCAAAUAUCACUUCCUUCCAACUUUGAGCAUCGGGUUCAUACUGGAUUUGAUCAAAAGGAAGGACGUUAUUUUGGACUUCCUUUACAAUGGGCAUCGAUUGUCGGCAACAAUCAAAUACUGAAAAGUUCCAAUCGUCCAAUGCCUCUCGUUGAUCCCUCUGCAAUUACGCCCACAGAGAUACUCGACUUGAAGACAAUUGUGCGACCACAAAGCAGUUUGGCAACAACAAUCGGCGACACUACAAUGUCGUCAUCAAUGGGAGGCUCAGAUCAUAUGCAAAACUCUCAUACAUCUUAUAAUGGAUUUAAUCUGCCGAAAAUCUCUCAUGUUGCACGAUCUAACUCGCUAAGAUGUUCAAGUCCACCUCGAUUAAAUCAUCGUGAUCCUCACAUUCCGAAUCCCGUUCAAGAAGAGUCUCAACAACAGCCAAUACAAUCGCAACCAUAUCCUCUCGUUCAUCAUGUUGAUCCGAAUGUUAGAAAACUUCCUUAUAAUAACAACAACGUUCAACCACAUCCGUUGAUUCCGAGUAAUAAUAAUUCAAUUCCGUUUAAUGGGAAAAAUGGAGGAAUUAACGAAGGAAAUAAGCAAGGACAAUAUCCAAUUCAUCCAGGACCAUUAACAGCUCAUCAUCAUCCCACACCAAUGGGCCCACUUCAACUUCAACAACACCAUUUCCAACAACAUCAACAAAUGCAAUUACAAAAGCAACUCGAACAGAAUCCUGGCGCAUUCCGACAACAUCAAGACGUUGCAAACAACAAUCCACAACGAGGUUCUGUAACAAGUUCAGUUAAUUCAACUGGCAUGCAAUCAACUGGAACAUCAGCAGUUACAGGUCUUAAUGGCAACAAACAAGAACAACGAUUAACUCAUGAACAAUUUCGAUCUGCACUUCAAAUGGUUGUAUCAACAGGCGAUCCAAGAGAGAAUUUAGAGAACUUCAUUAAAAUAGGAGAAGGUUCAACUGGCACUGUUUGGAUAGCAGCAGAGAAAAAUACAAAGCGUAAAGUUGCCGUUAAGAAAAUGGAUUUACGGAAACAACAACGUCGUGAACUUCUUUUUAAUGAAGUUGUCAUCUUACGGGACUAUCACCAUCCAAAUAUUGUUGAGACUUACAACAGCUUUUUGGUGAAUGACGAGUUAUGGGUGGUGAUGGAGUAUCUUGAAGGUGGAGCACUUACCGACAUAGUGACACAUUCAAGAAUGGAUGAAGAACAAAUUGCAACAGUGUGCAAGCAAGUUUUGAAAGCUUUGGCUUAUCUACACAGUCAGGGAGUUAUUCAUCGUGACAUUAAGUCGGAUUCUAUUCUGUUGGCGUCAGAUGGUCGUGUGAAGCUUUCUGAUUUUGGAUUCUGUGCUCAAGUGUCGCAAGAACUUCCCAAGAGAAAGUCACUUGUUGGAACACCUUAUUGGAUGUCACCAGAAGUCAUUUCAAGACUACUUUAUGGGCCAGAAGUUGAUGUUUGGUCACUCGGCAUUAUGGUAAUUGAGAUGAUUGAUGGAGAGCCUCCGUUCUUUAACGAGCCACCACUUCAAGCCAUGCGACGAAUUCGAGACAUGCCACCACCAACACUAAAAAAUGCGCAUAAAGUGUCAUCAAGAUUGAGACGUUUUCUUGAUCGUAUGUUGGUUCGAGAUCCAGCAUCAAGAGCGACAGCUGCUGAGUUAUUAACUGAUCCGUUCUUACUUCAGGCGGGACCACCAAGUAUUCUUGUGCCAAUUAUGGCCACAAAGGAAUUGAAAUUUCCCAUUAAAGUUAUUAGUUACAGCGUUUUAAAUUAUUUUCUGGGUCUUAUGAAAAUAUUCUUUAAGAUUUCUAACAUGCCAAAAGAAAAAAAAUCUUGGGUUUGGCGACACUUUGAAGCUGGAGAUAAAAAUGUUGCAAAGUGCAAACAUUGCGGAAAAGAAAUUCAGCGCGCAGCUUUUGGAACGUCGUCGAUGGCUAGUCAUUUAGCGAGUCAGCAUAAUCUAUCCAAUAAACAGAAAAAAGAAAAAAUCAUGGGAUCAUCAGAAGACGAUGAAAUUACGGGAACAUCAGAUAACGAGGAAACAAAAAUAGAAAAAUCAAAAGCCAAAAAAUCCUGGGUUUGGCUGCACUUUGAAGCUGAAAGUAAAAAUGUUGCAAAGUGCAAACAUUGCGGAAAAAAAAUUCAGCGCGCAGCUUUUGGAACUUCGUCGAUGGCCAAACAUUUAGCGAGUCAACAUAAUCUAUCCAGUAAACAAAAGAAAGGAGAAAUUAUGGAAUCAUCAGGCGACGAGGAAACAAAAAUAGCUAAGAAAGGGAAUCUUCUAAAUAAAUGCCGGUUAUGCUUUAAUCUCGUACAACUAGAAAACCACCAAACACAAUUAAAUGAAAAAUACAAAAAUAUGAUAAAUGACAUCCUAGAAAUUCAAUUGAUUUCAUCACCUAAAACUUCAAAUUUUCUAUGUCAACUUUGCAUCUUCAGUGUCGAAAACUUUCAUCGAUUCAAAAGAAAAAUGAGAGAAAAGCAGUUUCGAUUAAGAAAUUUUUUAGACUCCUCUGAGCCAACUGAAUUCGAUUCAUCCGCUAACGACAACACAGUUUUGAUUAAAAUUGAGCCAGAAGACACUUCAUCAAUGUUUUUUAUAGAGCCAACUACUGAAUUACUCUCUGAAUUCCUACGAGAGGACGAUUCAUCUGAAAAAGAAAUCAAAAAAGAAUUCGAAAUUGAUGAAAAUAUCGAAGAAAGUGCUAAAAAUGAAAAUAUUAGAAAUAAAUCUUGUUCUGAAAGACAAAACAACGAUGUUCAGGAAAUCUUUUCAUUUAUGGGAAGUCAACAGAAAAUUAUUCAUUCGUACUUAAAAAGUCCCCGUUACAAACAGAAUAAAAAGGCAAAAACUGUUGACACAAUAUCUGAUAACAAUUCCUAUCCUGCUGAGAAUGAAGUUGAGCUUAACCAUUCAAAUGGGAAAGAAACUGCAAAAUUAUUCAAAAUUGAAAACAAAAGCGAGUUGAAUCUUCAAGAAAAUUCUUCACAUGAAUUUCAAGACAUGAAAUCAUUUGAAAAAGAUCAAAAUUCUCAUAGAAAUUAUUUGCCUUGUGAAAUUUGUGGAAAGCUUAUAAAGCGAGGCAUAAAUACAGCAUUGCAUGUUCAAAGAGUUCAUGAAAAAAUGAAGCCUCACCAAUGUGAAGUUUGCGGGCAUGGAUUCUUCGAUAGAGCGAGACUCACCACACACAUGUUAGUGCACAUGCCAAAAGAAUUAAAACCCAAAAAUUAUAAAUGUGAUCAUUGUGACUUAUCCGUUGCCACCAAAGGAACACUCAAAGAGCAUAUGAUUUCUUUUCAUGUUAACGUUGGAAAUCAUCUGUGCAAUUUAUGUGGAAAAUCUUUCUUGACUCAGAGACAACUAAACAAACAUCGAUACACCCAUAGGGAAAAAAAUAUUCAAUGCGAUUAUCCUGAAUGUGAAAGUUUAUUCAAAUAUAGAGCAGCAAUGUUGAAACAUAAGAAAAAUCAUUGGACUGAAUUACGAACUCCUUGUCCUUAUGAAAAUUGUGACAAGACCUACACUGGUAAUCAGCAUUUAGCUCUGCACAUUUUUAUCAACCACAAGAAAAUCAAAGAAAAUUGUCCAGUUGGUAAUGGAUGUAAAUUUGCGCAUUUGAUUAAUCAAAGGAAGACGUUAGUGGCUUUGAAAGACGCAUUGGAUGCUUUGGAUGAGGAAAGACACAAAGUGAUUGCAUUAGAAGAACAAAUCAACAACUCGACACAUGAAGCAGACAAAAAUAACACAAUGGAGUCAAUCUUAAAACGCCGAAGGGAGUUGGAAUCAAGUUUCAAUGCGAUCACUGUGGCAAGUCUUUCGAUAGCAAACGAGGUGCUGUUAUUAGAACAUCAAAGGAAUAAACAUAAGAAAAAAUAUUUUGAUCAGCAAAUAGAAAAAGUAAUUCAAGCACAGAAAAAAAGAGUUCGUAAGGAGGCAAAGCGCUGUAAAACCUUCGGAUCGUUACCAAACAGUGAAAAUUUGAGGAAAGCCUUAAAGGAUAUUAAAAGAGGUCGUAACUAUAGAGCUACCUCUGAAAAAUACAAUGUUCCUAGAAGUACAUUAUUUCAGUACUAUAAAAGUAAUAAACCAGCUGACGAAUAUCAAACAAAUCUCAUCUAUCUUAAAAUCCCGAAGGGAGUGAAGUUUCAAUGUGAUCGCUGUGGCAAAUCAUUUGAAAGCAGACGAGGUGUAAAAUGGCAUCUAUUAAGUGUACAUUACAAAACUGGAUCACAUCUUUGUGAUUUUUGUGGCAAAAAAUUUAUCAAUCCGAGCAGAUUGACAGCUCAUCAGUUGAAACAUAACGAAAGAAAUAUUCAAUGUGAUUAUCCAGAUUGUGGAAAACUUUUCAGAAGCGAAAAGGAAAUGCAAAGACAUAGAAAAGGACAUUACAUCGAGCUAAGAAUAAAAUGUCCUUAUGAAGAUUGCGAAAAGAGUUACAGCAGAAAGCCUCAUUUAGAUAUGCAUAUUUUCAUCAACCACAAGAAAAUCAGAGAAAAUUGUCCAGUUGGAAAUGGCUGCAAAUUUUCAGUUGGAAGAAAAUGUUACAUGAGAGCACAUCUAAGGAAACAUUCUGAACUUUCUCCUGAAGAAUUAGAAAGACAUAUUAAAGAUUUAUCAAAAAUGAAGAAAUGCUAUUUGUAUUUAUUUGUUAAUUUUAAUANUUAUAAAACUCUUAUAAGAGAGAAACAAUACUUUUUUGAAAAAUUCUUAAAAUCAAACAACUUUAUCGACAACUGCUCUGAAGAAAUUAAACAGGAAAUCAUUUUCAACACAGUUUUUAUUAAAACAGAACCUGAAGAGAAUUCAUCAGUCGUUCAUCAUCCAACCGAUGAAUUGCUUUUUGAGCAUUUACCUGAAGUUGAAUGUUUAAAGAAAGCCUUAAAGGACAUUAAAAAUGUACAUAUUCAACCUGAUUGUGGAAAAAUUCAUAAUGUGGCCCGUCGCUGUCAAAUAUACGACCCAAACCGAAACAGUGAAAAUUUAAGGAAAGCCUUAAAGGAUAUUAAAAAUGGUUAUAAAUAUAGAGCUGCCUCUGAAAAAUACAAAAUUCCAAGAAGUACCUUAUUUAAGUACUAUAAAGAGAAUAAACCAGCUGAGCAAUAUGAAACAAAUCUCAUCAAUCUAAAAACGCCGAAGGGAAUUGGAAUCAAAUUUCAAUGUGAUCGCUGUGGCAAAGAUAUGAUUUCAGAUGUUUUAAUCAACAUAGAAGACAUUUUUGGUGAAUUUAAAGGAGAAAAUCUCAAAGAAAUAUGUCGUCUAUGUUUUAAUUCAUUAGAAACAGAAAAUUAUCAAGCAAAUAUUAUUGAAGAAUAUAAAAGCAUGAUAAAUGACAUCCUAGAAGUUAAAUUGAUUUCCUCAUCUAAGGCUUCAAAUUUCAUAUGCCAAAGUUGUGUGACCAGUAUUGAAAGCUUUCAUCAUUAUAAAACUCUUAUAAGAGAGAAACAAUACUUUUUUGAAAAGUUCUUAAAAUCAAACAACUUUAUCGACAACUGCUCUGAAGAAAUUAAACAGGAAAUCAUUUUCAACACGAUUUUUAUUAAAACAGAACCUGAAGAGAAUUCGUUAGUCAUUCAUCAACCAACCGAUGAAUUGCUUUUUGAGCAUUUACCUGAUGUUGAAUGUUUGAAGAAAGCCUUAAAGGACAUUAAAAAUGGUUUCACAUAUAGAUCAGCUUCUAUAAAAUAUAAGAUUCCCAGCAGUACAUUACAUAGGUACCAUAAAAUGAAUAAACCAAUUGAACUAUAUCGACCACCUGUCAUGAAUAUUAAAUUUCCGAAAGGAAUUAAGUUUCAAUGUGAUCGCUGUGGCAAGUUUUAUGAUACCAAACAUUCAGUGAGAUGGCAUUUAAUUAAAGUACAUUUCAAGAAACAUAUUCAACCUGAUUGUGGAAAAAUUCAUGAUGUGGUCGGUCGCUGUCAAAUAUACGAUCCAAACCGAAACAGUAAAAAUUUAAGAAAAGCUUUAAAGGAUAUUAAAAGAGGUCGUAACUAUAGAGCUACCUCUGAAAAAUACAAUAUUCCUAGCAGUACAUUAUUUAGGUACCACAAAAAGAAUAAACCAGCUGAGCAAUAUGAAAAAAAUCUCAUUAAUCUUCAAACGCCGAAUGGAGUUGGAAUCAAGUUUCAAUGCGAUCAGUGCGGCAAGUCUUUCGGGAGCAAACGAGGUGUAAGAUGGCAUCUAUUAAGAAAACAUUUUGAAGUUGGUUCUUAUCCUUGUGAUUUUUGUCGAAACAUUUCUGUCACUCCGAGGCUAUUAUUAGAACAUCAAAGGAAUAAACAUAAGAAAAAGUUUUUCGAGCAGGAAUUGGAAAAAGAAAUUCAGGCAGAGAAAAAAAGAGUUCGUAAGGAGGCAAAGCGUUGUAAAACUUUCAGAUCGUUCCCAAACAGUGACAGUUUAAGGAAAGCCUUAAAGGAUAUUAAAAGAGGUCGUAACUAUAGAGCUGCCUCUGAAAAAUACAAUAUUCCUAGAAGUACAUUAUUUCAGUACUAUAAAAGUAAUAAACCAGUUGAUGAAUAUCAAACAAAUCUCAUGAAUCUUAAAAUCCCGAAGGGAGUGAAGUUUCAAUGUGAUCGCUGUGGCAAGUCUUUCGGUAACAGACGAGGUGUAAAAUGGCAUCUAUUAAGUGUACAUUUCAAAACUGGAUCUCAUCUUUGUGAUUUUUGUGGCAAAAAAUUUCACAUUCCGAGCCAUUUAACAGCUCAUCAGUUGAAACAUAAAGAAAGAAAUAUUCAAUGUGAUUAUCCAGAUUGUGGAAAACUUUUCAGAAGCGAAAAGGAAAUGCAAAGACAUAGAAAAGGACAUUACAUCGAGCUAAGAAUAAAAUGUCCUUAUGAAGAUUGCGAAAAGAGUUACAGCAGAAAGCCUCAUUUAGAUAUGCAUAUUUUCAUCAACCACAAGAAAAUCAGAGAAAAUUGUCCAGUUGGAAAUGGCUGCAAAUUUUCAGUUGGAAGAAAAUAAAAAAAGCAGCAAAAUCAAGGUGAGGAAACACAGCAGCAGCAAGGAGCUCCCACGCAGCAGCCUCAACAACAACAGCGCGGUCCUCCACUACCACAACAGCAGCAACAAACCCAACAACGUGGGCCUCAAGUGCCUCAGCAGCAGCCCCAACAACAGCAGCAAUGGGGUCCACCUCCACAGCAGCAGCAUCCUCAACAACGUGGUCCUCAAGUACCCCAACAGCAGCAACAAACUCCACAACGUGGGCCUCAAGUGCAACAGCAAAUUCCACCUGAAAGCCAACAAAAACAGGAGUCAGCUGCUCAAUCUGAAGAUCAACCUAAGAAGAAAAAAGGAAAAAAAUAUCCUUCGAAGAAGGAGCAGCUUCAACAACAACAGCGCGGUCCUCCACUACCACAACAGCAGCAACAAACCCAACAACGUGGGCCUCAAGUGCCUCAACAGCAGCCCCAACAACAACAGCAAUGGGGUCCACCUCCACAGCAGCAGCAUCGUCAAACACAUGGUCCUCUAGUUCCCCAACAGCAGCAAUGGGGUCCAUCUACACAGCAGCCUCAACAACGUGGUCCUCAAGUACCUCGACAGCAGCUUCCACAACAGCUGCAAUGGGGUCCACCUUCACAGCAGCAGCAUCCUCUAACACAUGGUCCUCAAGUACCUCAACAGCAGCCUCCACAACAGCAGCAACAAAUUCCACAACGUGGGCCUCAAGUGCAACAGCAAAUUCCACCUGAAAGCCAACAAAAACAGGAGUCAGCUGCUCAAUCUACUGAAGAUCAAUCUAAGAAAAAAAAAGGAAAAAAAUAUCCUUCGAAAAAGGAGGUUGAAGAAGCCGCAAGAAAAGCCGAAGAAACCACAAGAAAAGCCGAACAAGCUGCAAGAAAAGCUGAACAACCUCCACCAUCGGAAGGUCCAUCGCGUUCUGCCUCAACUGACGUAUCAAAAAUAGAAGAAAACCUUGAAACGUUGCAAAUAUCUCCAACAAGAGCGUUGAGAAUGAUUGAAUCAAGUCCAGACGGAAGAGUUUAUGAAGGAAAGCGUGGUAAGCCAUGCAAAUUGGAAGUCAAUUAUUUGCAGAUUCUCAUUGAUAAAUUGAAGCCUCAAGCUUUCCAUUACGACGUUACUUUCGUUCCUGAUGUGCCCAAGAAAAUGUUGCCAAAAGCUCUCGAAGCUUUCAUGAAAACUCAUUUUCCGAAAAUUUCUUAUGCCUUUGAUGGACGUAAAAGUUUCUACACAAUCAACCAAAUGUCAAAUGAUGUUGAAGAUGUCUUUGAACACGAUGUUAGAGCCAUUUUGGGAGAUCGUCAAAAGGACUUCAAAGUCAAAGUAAAGUUUGCAACAAAAAUUGAAAUGAGUGUCUUAAAGCAUUAUCGAAAGCCUGAAUAUCAGUUCAACGACAAGCCAAUGCAAGCAGUUCAAUGUCUUGAUAUUAUCUUGCGAACAGCUUUCAAUUCUUUGAUCGAUUCAAAUAGAGCCACUCAAGCUGGCAGAGCUUUGUACUUUCCCCAGGACCGCCAAAUAUUUCUAGGCGAUGGUUUGGAGUUGUGGCUUGGACUUUUCCAAUCGGCAGUUCUUGGACGUGACGCUUUGUAUUUGAAUGUUGACGUUGCUCACAAAGCUUUUCCUUCUUCAAUGUCAUUAAUUAACUUGAUUAAAAGCUUCGACAGAAACAAUCAAUUGCCAAGAAACUUCGAUGAUCGUUUAACGAGACAACUCACGGAUUAUCUGAAAAUGUUGAGUGUCGUUUAUCGUCCUAAUCGGAAUCAACCAGGAAAGACUUAUGGCUUCAAUGGGUUGAAGGAACCUGCUAACAGAGCAACAUUCGUUGAUGAAAAGGGAGCAAAAAUGACAGUCGAACAAUAUUUCCGAAAUAAAAAAGGAAUCAAAUUACAAUUUCCAGAUUUCCCCGUGUUAUGGGUUGGUUCUCGUGUUCGUAACGUUUACCUUCCUAUGGAGCUUUGUGAAAUUCCCGCUGGACAAGCAACGAAUAAAAAAUGCACGCCAAAUGCUGUUGCUGCAAUGAUAAAAUAUUCAGCAACCUCAACAGACGAACGAAAGAAGAAAAUUUUGGGGCUUUUGAAUAAAAUUGAUUAUCAGAAUCCACAAGGAGAGAUUCAAGGAUUUGGCUUGAAUAUUGGUUCCAAUUUCAAUAAGAUUGAUGGACGAAUCAUUGAGCCACCCGAACUUAAGUACCUGAAUGAAAAAGUUAAACCUGACAGAGGUGCAUGGCGUGGUGGAAAUUUCCUUGAAGGUGGAAAACCUGUUAAAUGGGCUAUAAUCAAUUGUGAUGAACGAACAUCAGUUCAAGCAGUGAUGGAUUUAAAGAAAAACAUUUCGAUUGAAUCUCGAAGAAUUGGAAUGAAUUUGGCUCCUUCAAUAGGUGAUAACGAUUACUUUAAACCCAAAAUGUCAUCGCGUCGCUUUGAUGAAGAUCUGAAUGUGUUGGUAGAAUUGCUUGAACAUUGCAAGAAAAGUGGCUACGGAAUCGUUUUUGUGAUCAUUGUUGACUUUAAUGAUUGUUAUGCUAAAGUCAAACAGGCUGCAGAAUUAAAAGUUGGAAUUCUCACUCAAUGUAUUAAAGCCAACACGAUUUUCAAAAUGGGAAGAGGAAAUCCUAUGAUGACAAUCAAUAACAUUUUACUGAAAGUUAAUUCGAAAUUGAAUGGAAAGAGUCACGAAAUCAUUGAAACUUCGUACCAAUCAUUCAAUCCAGUCAACAGUGGUGUCAUGUUUGUUGGAGCUGACGUUACACAUCCAUCGCCUGAUCAAAGCGACAUUCCAAGUGUUGUUGGAGUUGCUGCAAGUUAUGAUCAAGUUGGAUUUAAGUAUCAAUGUGCUUGGCGUUUACAGCAACCAAAGGAAGAAAUGAUUGUCGAUUUGGAGAAUAUUUUGGUGGAACAAAUUCAGUUUUAUCUUAAAAAGAAUGGUAAAUUGCCAGCAAAGCUGAUGUAUUAUCGUGACGGUGUUUCAGAAGGGCAAUUUGCUGAGGUUUUGAGAAUUGAAAUGAAAGCAAUUCGUGGUGCAAUGAAGAGAGUUUAUGGAAUGAAUCCUCAAGCAAAGGUGACAUUUAUUGUCGUUCAAAAACGUCACCAUACGCGGUUCUUCCCAACUCAACCACAGUUCAGUGAUGGAAAGAACCAAAACAUUCCAGCUGGAACUGUUGUCGACAAAAGCAUUGUUCAUCCAUUCCAAUACCAAUUUUUCCUCGCUUCGCAUGCAGCGAUUCAAGGCGUGACAAAACCGACCAAAUAUUGUGUUCUGGUAAACGAAUCAAAAAUCCCUCCAGAUGAUCUGCAAGCCAUCACAUAUGACUUGUGUCAUUUGUUCACACGAUGUAAUCGUUCGGUGUCAUAUCCAGCACCAACAUACUAUGCCCAUUUAGUCGCUGCACGUGGGAAACAAUACACAAUUGGACGCAGAUUGAAUAUGAAUAAUUUGAAUCAAGAAUUUAAGAAUCGCACUCUUCAACCUUUUAUUACUGCUGAAUGUCCAAUGUUUUUCGUUUAACUUUUUUCUUUUUUCAAUACAAUUUUUUUCGUAAUUUGGCUGAUUUUCUAUAAUAAAUGCCUGAAUAUUGUGUUAAAAACAAAAUAAUAAUUCCCAUUGGUUGAAACCUUGAAGGAUUCAUGUUUAAAUAAAGAUUUAUUUUAGCCAUCGCAAAAGAAAACCCGCUUUUUGAUAUUUAUUAAUGUUUACAUCGCAGUUCA